AUGUCUGAGCAAGGGAUUCAAGUUGAGAGGGCUCCGGCUAAUGGCGUGAAUGGCCACCACAAUGGCCUCUCCAAUGGCCUCUCCAAUGGCCUCUCUAAUGGUCACGCAAACGGCGUCCAGAACGGCGUCCAGAACGGCAACCAAAACGGCCAAGAUGUUUCCUUCGAGGCCAUCAUCAUUGGCGCCGGCUUUGCAGGUCUUCGCGAGUUGUAUGAGCUGAGAAAGCGUGGCGUUUCCGCUCGGGUCUUCGACGCUGCGUCUGGAGUGGGUGGUACAUGGUAUUGGAAUCGAUACCCAGGUGCCCGGACCGACAGCGAGAGUUGGGUUUUCAUCUUCACCUUCCUGGAAGAACUGGGCAUGGAGUGGUCGUGGAAAGAGCGAUUCCCUCAGCAACCCGAAGUGGAAGAAUACCUGAACAAAAUGACCGACUAUCUGGACCUUCGGAAAGACAUCACACUAAGCACUCGGAUCGUGUCCGCCUACCGGGAUGAGGAAAAGAACAUCUGGAAAGUCACCACCGACAAGGGCGAAACCUUCACCAGCAAGUUCCUCAUCACAGCGGCCGGGGUCCUGGCCACCCCCCUGAAGCCCCCGUUUCCAGGGGUGGACUCGUUCCAGGGUGAAUGGUACCAGACUGGACUGUGGCCUAACAAGAAAAUCGACUUUACCGGUAAGCGAGUUGGCCUGAUCGGGGCGGGAGCGACUGCCGUCCAGGUGGCGCCCAUCGUGGCUCAUAAUGCGAAGAGCCUCACCGUGUUCCAAAGGACCCCGAAUUACGUGGUUCCCGCUCGCAACUACCCGAUCGGCAAGGAGCAAAUGGACGAGAUCAACCGGAGCUACGCAGAGAUCACCCAACGGGCCCGAAACCAUUCCAUGGGGUUCGACAUUGUGGAUUCGAAAUUGAAGUAUGAUGACGUUGAGGACGAGAAGGCCAUUCAACGCGUCCUGGACUCGGGAUGGGAAAAGGGCGGCUUCCAUUAUUUUUUCGAGACGUUCGGAGACACACUCACCAACCCCAAGACCAACGAGGUGGCAUCUGAAUUUGUUCGCAACAAGAUCCGGGCCAUUGUCAACGACAAGGAAAAGGCCGAGCUCCUGUGCCCGAAAUAUCCCAUCUUCUCCAAGCGGCCGCCAGCCGGGCACAACUACUACCAAAUCUACAACCGAAGCAACGUUGAGCUGGUCGACAUCAGAAACGAUCCCAUUCAGGAGAUCACGCCCAAGGGUGUGAAGCUGGGGAACAGCAGCAAAGAGUGGGAAUUUGACAUCAUCAUCUUUGCUUUAGGGUUCGAUGCCGUGACCGGCACCUUGGGAAACAUCGGAAUUCACGGCAGUGAAGGCCAAAGCCUGGCCGACGUGUUCCACAAGGAACUGACAACAUCAUACGGCAUCACCCUGCCGGGAUUCCCCAAUCUGUUCAUGAUAUUUGGCCCCCAAGUUCCGUUUGCCAAUGGACCUGUGGUCAUCGACAUCAUCGCCGACUGGAUCGGGAAGACCAUCUCACACCUGAAAUCCCACAAUAUCGCCCGCAUCGAGCCCAAGAAGGAAGCAGCAGAGGACUGGAGCCUCCAGGUCAACCAGCUCUUCGAACAAACCGUGGUUGCGCAGAGUGCAAUGGACGUCAAAUCAUGGUAUGUGGGGGCCAAUAUCAAAUCCAAACUGCACAAGACUCUGCUCUAUUUUGGAGGCAUCCCUCUCUACAUCUCCAAACUGAGCCAAGAGAUCGAGGAUGGGUAUCCCUCGUACAUCUUGUCGCCGGCGUCGGCAUCGGCAUCGAACAAAGCUGCAGCAUAG